AAAGUCCUUUCCCAAUAUUAUGUGUUUCUAAUUAACGCCCAUAUUCUCCUUAGCAACGUUCAGCCUGUUUCCUAUUGAAGAUGUCCGAGGUCGAGGAAACGCUCAAGAGGCUUCAAAGCUUGAAAGGAGUGGUUGGAGUGAUUAUAGUCAACCAAGAAGGUAUUCCUAUUCGCACCACGAUGGACAAUGCCACUACUGUACAGUAUGCUGGGCACAUUCAACAACUGAACGCCAAGGCUCGCACUACUGUGCGUGAUCUGGACCCAACCAAUGAUCUGACUUUCCUCCGUGUGCGUACCAGCAAACAUGAGAUCAUGAUAGCACCAGACAAGGACUAUCUGCUCAUUGUGGUACAAGACCCUUCACAACAGUAGAAGAACUUAUAGCUCAAACUGAUAAUUGAUUAUAAGCACAUAAUUAUUGUCUGAGUUUAAUGAACAAAA